AUGAGACGCCCUCCAGUUAUACAGUUAAUUCAGAAGUGUCACUGCACAGAAGGACCAUCAACUGGUCCAACUCGUCGCAUAUCGCAGCUUCUUCGAACAGCCACUCAAACGAAGAACUUUUCAUACAUUGAUCAGCUCACUAAUUAUUUAAAGAAUAAUUUCGUAUUACAUGAGCCAGGCCGAUUCCUUAUCGUUCCCAAGCCAUAUGGUGUUUCUUGCGUAGGCAUAUCUCAGAAAGAAGGAGGAGUUUUUGAGAAUAGUGUUUAUAACAGGAAAGAUGCUGAUGAACUGCCUACGAAGAAACUCAUUGAUCGAAGUGUGACUAUUUCGGAAUGCAUUCCAGGACUCGCACAGUUUUUCAAUGAGCCAAAUCUAUCAUUUUGCACCGGACUGAAAAGAUAUCUUUCUGGAGCGAUCGUGCUGCCUGCCAACAAAAUUGACUUUGAAAACGUUAAAAAGAGUAUCAAAUAUGCAGUAGCAAAGCCAUCCGACUGCAGAUAUCACUACAAUGCCGUAGCAAUUCUCGUGGGAUCACCACCAUCGACUACGGGCACUUUGGCAGGAUACGCCACAUUUCAGUCAAACGGAAAGGUGUCUGAGUACAUCUUCGUGGAGGGACCAAGUAAUGUGCGCGCUCGAACAGGAAAAUUUGCAGUAGCUGGAUCUAUGGAGUGGCGGGUACUGGCCAAAAAGCACGGAUGCUCACUUGUAGAAUUUUCAGUAAAUAAAUUUGCUCGUCAUCUACCGCGUCUGAUGUUUUCGCAUCUUCUAUGUCCGAUUCUCGGAGAUGAACUCUACUGCAGUCGUUUGAUUGAAAUUGAUGGAAAACCUGCAACGCUUCAACCGAAAGAUAUGCGUCGUGCUCAAAACAGACGGUACUUCCCGAAAGCUCUGACUGAUCAUUUCGGUGUAACUGCUUUGGAGUUACAGAAGUCGAUGCCUCUUUACUGCCACGUUCAUUCAACGAUUUUCCCUCGUUUUGGUUGGAUUAUUGGCCGACCGAAGAGUGAGCAGGAUGUUGCGGAUCUCUAUGCGAACAUACCACCUCCUCAGCAUUUUCUCGCUAUGGUGGAGGCGUUGGGAAUGAGUGACAGUUUAGCGAAAUACCUCCAUGAAGAUGAAAUAGAAGAUAUAGCACUGUUUCUGUUGGGAAAAAUAUGUUUCGACGUUGCCCGUUUUCGACGGUGCUUGAAUCUUGGCAUGUUGAACAUCGUUGUCGGCUUUUUCUAUAUUGUUUUUUUUUUCUUCAUACAACAUUGUGGCCACCAUUAUUAUCUGACAUGUGUCUGUACUGAUUGGCACCAGUUGGGCGGCAAAUCAAAGCGAUCGAUUCUCGAUGCUCGAUUGACUUAUACGUCGGCAGGAUUGCUCGGGGCUAUGACCUACCGAGUUCCCGCCAACACAGUCCUUCGUGUCAUUAUCAUAGCAUCUGCGGUGCUUGCAACAGAUGUGAAACUUGAUUCCCGCCAAAUUUCCGUCCACUGUUGCCCACACGAGAAGGCAGAAUGCUGUGAGGAUGUUAUCGAAAAAAGGCUACCGCUUAACUGCUCAAUGAAUUUUGAAGAUCUUUUGUCCGCAUCCAACUGUAUCCAGAAGGAAAUCUAUGGAGCAAAGAGCAUAGAAUUUGCAAGGAUCGAGGACGUCGAAUGUUGUCGGGUUUUUUCGAACGAAGCGAAAGAUCCAGCUGAAAUAUGCCUAUCAACAUGUAUUCGCGUGCUUCGUUCACCAUCUCUGCGAUCAAUCGAUAAGCUAAGAACAAUGAAAACCUGUCGACCUAACAACAAGGACUACAGUUGUUUUCGAAGAUGUCAGUCUUUUCUAAAAUCCAGGAACAGCACCUCCAUCAAGUUCCCCUAUCUAGCCGUUUGUGAUCUUGCUGAUCGUCUAGAGACCGGGGUGUUAUAUAUAGGUCCUGAGGUGAAGGACUAA